CCUGGACCUUCUGCCGGAUUCUGUCACCAGAUCCUCAGCUUUCGCCCACGCCAGUCGAUACAAACGACCUCGCCCAGCGACCGAUACCUUAUCCCUUCAUCGAGCAGCUUCGCCACGAGCAGCGACGCCUACGAUGGCAGCGAACACCAAGUACACGCCUGCGCCGCAGCGCGACAGCUUCGAGGAUGAAGCGCCGCAAUACUCCCAAGCGCCACCCUCCUACCAAGCCGAACCGUUGAUGGGCGAAGCAAGAAGCGAGGAUGAUAACGUGCCGGACGAUUUCAAGUUUGGCGGGUCAGUCGCAGAAGCCACUCUGCCCAUCCGCAUUCAAUUCAUCCGCAAAGUCUACGCGAUCCUCACAGUCCAGCUCCUCCUCACUACAGCGCUCAGCGCGGUUUCAUUCUUCUCCGAAUCAUACAAGAACUGGAUCCAAUCGAAUCAAUGGGCGAUGUGGGUUUCGCUCUUCGGAGCGAUCGGCUUCAUGCUCUUGACAUUCUGGAAGAGGAAGAGCUAUCCUAUGAACCUUGCCUUCUUGGGAGUCUUCACAGCGAUGGAGGCCUACAGCAUCUCCGUAAUAACCUCCUUCUACGAAUCCCGCAUCGUCCUCCAAGCCCUAAUCUUCACCCUCGGAAUCUUCGUCUUCCUCUCCCUCUUCGCCUGCCAAACCAAAUACGACUUCACAUCCUGGAUGCCCUACCUCUUCGGUGCCCUCUGGGUGCUCAUUAUCUUUGGCUUCAUGUCCGCUUUCUUCCCGCACAGCAGCGGCGUUGAACUCGGUUACGGAAUCGUCGCAGCACUCAUCUUCUCCGGGUACAUUCUCGUCGACACGCAACUGAUUAUCCGCCACUACCAUGUAGAAGAGGAAAUCGCAGCGGCGAUCAGCUUGUACUUGGAUAUCUUGAACUUGUUCUUGGCAAUUUUGAGGAUUCUGAACAGCCAGAGUAACAACUGAGAAACAGGAACGGCCCACGAAAGGGAUGGAGUAUUUUGGCAUUGUGUGAAUAAGAAAGAGGGUAUUGAACGGUUUAGAAUGUUAAGAGCGUCUCUGCAUACGUGAGUUGUAUUGCUAGUAUUGGGUAUAAAGCGCCAGAAAGAUGAUUUGAUCCUGGAGUGCAUUCAUUGUAAUCUGAUGUGAUGCGCAGAUACUCCCAAAAGCUGUUGCCCGCAGGUCGUCGACUGCGACCAUCGAUCUCAUAUGCUAGGGCUGUCGAAAAGAUUGAGCGCGUCGGAGAUUUAUUUCGGCAGAUCACCUGGCGCCAUUCUAUCCCCGAGCGUAGAUCAUGUGCUGUCAUCAUCUGGUAUGCAAUAAAUGGAGAUUAAUUUGAUCGGGGAAAUGGUAUUGGUAUUCA